GCGGUACGCCCAGUAAGCCGCAUUAUAUCGUCAAGUUCGCUCGCUCCAAUCCCUCAGGGCUCAAUCCAAUCAUCGACCCAAUUUUCGCACUUCUGCAACAUUUCAAAAAAAAAACCCCGUCCUCAUUGCUCCCGCUCGUCCCCUGUCAGCUCGUUGGUGGUAAUAAGGGCACUACAUCUAGAUUUACCCUCUACGUGUGUGUGUGUGUGUGUGUGUGUGUGUGUGUGUGUGUGUGUGUGUGUGUGUGUGUGUGGGAAUUGUUUGAAGUGCGAAAGGAUUUACCCCUGGAGAAGAAUUGUGGAGCAGUGGUUCCUUCCUCAGUUAGUGGAGUUAAUGUCUAACCAUACCUUUACAGACCACUACAUCAAGGAUAUUGCCAGAGCUUUGUUGCUUCUCUCUCUCUUUCUCUCUCUCUCUCUCUCUCUCUCUCUCUCUCUUCCGAUUUGUCGUGUUAUUUUCAGAAUGCAACAUAAGAACUAUCGCAACCCGAAAGGACGAAACCAUUACUGGCAAACCCUGCAAAUGUUUGCGGAAACAUGCAGGAACAAACUUUGGCAAAACUUGCAUCACGUCACCCACCCACUACCUACAUCCUUCUUCCCAUCCUUCGCUAGAACAAGUCAGGCCGAGCAGGCAACCCUCCCUGGGGCUGUAAGUAACGCGGCCGCCGGCUCAGUUCUUGGCGGGACGAGUUCGAGUGUGUGCGCCUGGUUCGCCGGCCUUGCGAACAGUACGGCAUGAGCGACCCGUUGGGCAACACCGGUCAAUCGACGGUCCGGCUGAGCUACGAGCAGCUGCGGGAUACGCUCGGCCGCUUCGCCUACUUCCGGCACUGGACCGAAGAUCAGAUCCGUGAGUGCAGCGUCCUCGCCCGGGUGGUACAGUACGCACCGCAGCAGACGAUACCGCUCGAGCUGCCGCUCCCGUUCGCCUACCUCGUGCUGAGCGGCCAGUGCAUGAUGCUCCAGUGUUUGCCGCUGGUGCGCGGUACGCUUCGUCUGGCCAGUCCGGCGGGCGACCGGGACCAACUCACACCGCCACCCGCCAUAGGCCCUCCGGCACCAGACGAGCAGCUCGAGACGGUGCGCCAUCUGCACGAAACGUUUACGGCGGGUGCGGCCACCAGCCCACCGGCCGGAACGCUUCGCCACGAUCCAGCCAAUGCGACCUGCUUUCUUACGACACCUACCCAGGACGCACCGAUCGUGCAUCAGUUUGUGGACGUCGGGACGCUGCGGUGCGGGGCCGUGUUUGGGCUGGGCGAGCGGCACCAGCAACGCACGAUCGUGGCCCGCACCCGCACCCAGUGUCUGCUGCUGCCCCGCUGCUGGCUCUUCCUGAAGCGCCAGAACGUGGGCAACACGUGGCAGCGGUUGCGCCUCUACCUCGACGGCGCGAUACCGGGGCGGGACGAGCUGUACCGGCGGUACCUGCGCGACCAGGCCUGGCUCGACUAUCGGCGGCGGCUGCUCGCCGGCGGCACGGCCAAACGGUGCACCGGCACGACGCCGGCGGACGUACCGAUGAUGUGCCGAAUGCUGGAGCCAGUCUGCAAAGGGAAACGAUACUAAGCAGUUUUUUGGGAACGGGCAAAAAAACCAGGACACCGAAACCGACGACCGCGAGCUCAUGUUACUUGCUCCGCGUGCACAGAUUUCACCCUUUACACGCCCAGCAGAAAGUGGCUAAAGUUUUGCACCCGCGCCAGCGAUCCUGUCUGCCGCAGGCCUCAGCAACAGCAGCAGCAGCAGCAAAAAAAAAGGGAGAAGCAACUCAAAGUUUCGCAGGCCCCUUUGUCGGGUUGUCGCGAAAGUUUGCUGUUGCGGAGUUUUGUGGGGAUGAGCGCAACAAUAAAUUAUGCAUAAAUUGUGUCCACACUU